GUGAAUGGCACCAGAAGGAACCUGCCUAUGGUGAUUGAAAACAAGAUCAACGUCCAGAUCAGUGGGGGCUACGUGCUCUUGGAAACUGAUUUCGGACUCUGGGUCAGAUUUGACGGCAAUCACUAUGUGGAGGUCUCAGUGUCCGGUUGUUACAAGGGCCAGCUCUGUGGCCUGUGUGGUAAUUACAAUGGUGAUGCAAAGGAUGACAACCUAAAGCCGAAUGGCAGCACUGCAGGAGAUUCCACUGAGCUUGGAGAGAGCUGGCUAGUGGCAGAGAAUAACAGCAUAUGCUCCCCUCAGCCAGUACCGGACUGUGACCCCCGGCUGGAGAGUGAAGCGAGGAAGAACACAGCCUGUGGCAUGAUCACCGACCCGACAGGUAUCUUCAAGGACUGCCACGCCAAAGUAGCUCCAGAGAAUUUCUUGGAAAACUGCGUUUACGACAUGUGUCAGACUGAGGGACAGACAGUGUCUUUAUGCAAUGGGCUGCAGGCUUAUGCAGAGUCGUGCACAAAUGCUGGGAUCUGCAGAGAAUGGAGAAAUAAUACUUUGUGCCCAAUCUCCUGUCCGGGAGGAAGCCAGUACGAGAGCUGUGGGAGCAGGUGUCCUUCCACCUGCGGGACUCCCGCUGCAUUUAGCCCUUGCAGCUCCCUACCAGUGGAAGGCUGUUUCUGUAAGGAAGGCUACGUUCUGAGUGGAGACGCCUGUGUGCCCGAGAGCAGCUGCGGUUGUGUGGAUGGAAACAACCACUAUCAUCAGCUCGGUGAAAACUGGUUCACCCACGACGCCUGCACCGAGCGCUGCACCUGCAACAGCAAAAACAACAUCACGUGCACAGGCUGGGAGUGUGGCGCGCUGGAGAUAUGCAGUGUUCAGGAUGGGGUGCUGGGUUGUUACUCCCCUG